GUUUCAAAAACUUCAGUCUUCAACCGCCCACUUACGCUUUUUUCUAAACCCUAUAAAUACAACAUUCAUUGCCUAUCUCUUCAUUCGUAACCCACCAUCAUAACUUUUACAUUCCCACUUAUCCUAUCAUCUCCUCUCCUAUUAAUCACUUUCGUUUUUAAAAUGGAAUUCAAAAAUGAAUACCAACAACAAAUCCCACAAUCGAAAUAUGAAUGUCUUCUCUUCGAUGUUGAUGAUACUCUUUAUCCUCUAAGCUCUGGAUUAUCAGCAGAGUGCACCAAAAACAUCAGAGAGUAUAUGGUGAAAAAACUUGACAUAGAGGAAACCAAAGUUCCAGAAAUGUGUGCUCAACUCUAUAAGGAUUAUGGGACAACAAUGGCUGGUCUUCGGGCUCUUGGGUAUGAUUUUGACCAUGAUGACUACCAUAGUUUUGUCCAUGGGAGAUUGCCCUAUGAAUAUCUGAAACCCGACCCGGUUCUAAAAGCUCUUUUACACAGCUUGCCCAUUAGAAAAGUGAUUUUCUCAAAUGCAAAUGAAGCCCACGUGGCAGAAGUUCUUCACCGACUUGGAUUGGAAGAUUGCUUUGAUGAUGUCAUAUGUUUCGAGUCUCUAAACCCUAAAACCCAAAUCACCAAUUCUAAAUCCCCUAAAAGCUCUGUUACUGGAUAUGAUGAUGUCAGCAAACAUGCUGUUGUACUUCCAGAAAGUCCCAUUAUCUGUAAACCCUUUGAAAACGCUUUCCAACAAGCUUUCAAAAUGGCCAAAAUUGCCCCUCUGAAAACCUUGUUCUUCGAUGACAGUAUACGUAAUAUACAGACUGCAAAACUUACAGGACUUAAUACUGUGUUGGUUGGAUUUUCACAGAAGAAGAAAGGGGUGGAUUAUGCUUUAGAGAGCAUUCAUAACAUCAAAGAAGCACUGCCGGAGUUAUGGGAAUCGGUCAAAAAGUCAAAAGGUGGUCGCUAUUCUCGAAAGAUUGGAAUUGAGACUCAUGUGAAAGCUUAGAUUUACAAUUGUGUUCUAGAUCUAACAUCAUGGUUCUAAUUAAAUCUUCAUUUGUAAUUGUGCAUUUUAAUGAUGGGAGUCUGAUAUUUACGUAUUUGAUACACUUAUUGUGUAAACGAUGGUGUAUAUUAUUAUUAU